AUAAUCCAACACAAACAUUCAGAAGAAACUAAUUCAGCACCUAAGCAAAGGAAAUGGCCAUGUCAACGAAAGCUUCGGUUCUUCUUGGUCUUGUAGUUGUAGGCCUCAUCUCUGUGGCUUCGGCUGAAACCGGAACCGCCACGUUCUACACAGUAUAUGUUCCAUCGUCAUGUUACGGGUAUGAAGACCAAGGAGUGAUGAUAGCAGCAGCUAGUCCUUCAAUAUUCAACAAUCGCGCUGCAUGUGGAAGAAUGUACAAUUUUAGGUGCACUGGACCUACAAACCAAGGUGUACCCCAGCCUUGCAGAGGCAAUGGUGUGACUGUGAAAAUUGUGGAUCUUUGUCCUGGAUGUCAAGGAAAUUCACUUGAUCUCUCUCAAGAAGCUUUCUCUCAGAUUGCCGACCCGAAUGCCGGAAGGAUCCAGAUUGAAUUCAACAAGUAAGGUCUUAUAAACUAU